UAUUUUCGUCUCUCUUUUUCCCAAUCUUUCUAUGCAUUCUUGGCUAUUCUGAGAAACAAAAAGAGCAGCAGCGUCUAUACUUUCGUAUUUUCAUUAUUUCCCUUACUCUUCUCUAUUUCUCAUUCCACUUCAAUCCAUGAUGUUCUAGUUUCAAGGGGAUUACCAGCUGGGCUACUCCCAAAGGAAGUGAAAUCGUAUACACUAGCAGAAGAUGGAAGCCUAGAAGUAUUGUUGGAUGGACCAUGCUUGACCAAGUAUGAAAACAGGGUGUUCUUUGACAGCGUAGUGAAGGCUAACCUUACCUAUGGCAACCUCAUUGGGGUGGUGGGGCUAACCCAAGAAGAACUAUUCCUUUGGUUACCUGUUAAAGACAUCAUAGUAGAUGACCCUAAAUCUGGUCUCAUCUUGUUUGACAUUGGUGUUGCUCACAAACAACUCUCCUUAUCUCUGUUUGAAGAACCUCCUCACUGGAUGUUGAAGAAUCAAGGGAGAAAGGAGAAAGGAUUGGAGGCUGUGAGAUAAGGGAAAAAUUUCCAAGCAGUUUCAAACGUUUUUUUUUUUUUUUUGCAUUUUUGUUCAAUAUAUACAAUAAUUAAUUAGGUUUUUCUUUAUAAACAAUUUUAGUUUCUGUUUAAGAGUUGUAAAGAAGUGUUUCUUUCAA